AAAAAAUAAUGAAUUUUUCAGGUAUCCAGCAGCGAGUUCUUCAGCGUCAGCUUCGACCUCUCGGACGAUUCGGGCAGUCUGGACCGAGAUGAGCUUCUACCUGCUACGAAGGGCACCUACUUGGCGGAGGCGUUGAACGCUGCCUGCGAGAGGCGCGGAAUCGACAUGUCGCGGAUCGAGGUAUUCGAUGGCUUCUCGCAGUCGUUGCCGAUCCAUACCACGGAAACUUCGAGCCUUGGUGGGAAAUAUUUACGAGUAACAGUUAAGGACAACGACAAAUCGAACUCGAGAUCGUCGAGCCAGAGAAGCAACCAAAGUGUCUCCCUGAGAAAGGCGAGCGGGAGUUAUCGGUGUCGUAGCGGUCGUUUCUUCAGCGUUUCGACAGAGGAUUCGAGCGUCGACUCCGAGGUCGGUGGCAACACCACGCUGACGUCUGGUCGGAGCUCCGCUGGGGCUGCGGGGCUCAAGACCAGCAAACAGCGAUGGAGUGGCUUCUUCACCAACACCAAAGGCACCAAACUCGAUCUACUUACCGCUCAGCUGGACGAUUACGACAAGCAUGGAGUGCCGAAACUUUCCGAACUGUCUUACGAGCUCACCUUCAACGAAGAUGCCUUGUACAACUUAGAACACGACUGGCGCGAUAUCGUUCACAAUUCGGACCAACUAUCAGAAAAGCAUCAACAACAGCAAACUGCUCUAUGGGAGCUAGCUCAAACGGAAGUAGCUUACAUAAAGACUCUGAAGGUCGUGACAGACCUGUUCAUGGCGUGUCUCUGCAGCCUGCAGGCCUCGAAUAUCCUGAACGAGGUCGACAGGACGAAGCUGUUCAGUAAUAUCCCUGAGAUCUACGCCGCGAAUCGCUACUUCUGGACUGAGUGCAUUCUAGUGAUGCUGAAUACAUCGAGGACCACUGGGCAACCGCUCGAUCCUGGCCACCUUCUGCAAGGUUUCGAGACGUUUGAGCAAACGUUCGCACCUUAUACCAGAUACUGCGCGGAGCAAAGCAAAUGUCAACAGUAUUGCCGGGACCGUUUGAACGAUAAUCAGUUAUUCACGGUCUAUCUGGUGUGGUGUGAGACUCAAAAGGACUGCAAUCGACUGAAACUGCUCGACAUACUGGUGAAACCUAUGCAGAGGUUGACGAAGUACUCUCUCCUCUUGAAGGCUGUUCACAAGAACACGGAGAACGAGGAGCAACGAGCAGAAUUGACGCAUAUGAUCAAAUCUGUCGACGACUUCGUGGCAUCGGUGAAUGCAGCCUUGAGGAGGAACGAAGAAACAGCGCGAUUGGCCGGUGCCGCGUCUCGAAUAGAGAGCUACGACGUGGUCGAAUCUAGAGACGAAGAAUUAGAGAAACUGAUUAAAAUUCACAGCACGUUCGACAUUACUACCGUUCCAAUGCCAGGCUGUCCGAAAGACAGCUUCAGAAUACUUCUUCGCGAGGGAGAUUUAAAGUUGAGGGAUGCUGCUAGUAGCAAGAUGGAAGUACACGUGCUUCUACUGACAGACAUGCUAUUGAUCUGCAAGCCAUCGACCAAGAAAACUUCGUCCAGUGGGCUGGCUGGCACCGUCGGGGGCGGUUUGAAGAUUAUAAGACAACCGUACGUCAUCGAUCGUAUCCGAAUACACGAGUUGAAGGAGCCAAGUAGCUUAGGCUUGGUUUAUCUGAACGAAUACGGAGCGGCAUCAGCUGCUUUGGUUCUCAGCGCUGGAGAAUCAAAAUUAGCCAAGUCUUGGAUGGAGUCCAUAAGGAAAGCUCAGCAACAAUUCGCCUUGAUGAAAGUGCCACCGCUUGGCAACACGAUGAAUUUAGGCACGGUCAGUAGACAACCGAGCACCUUCCUCGGUGAGGUGGAAUUCGAGCCGGAGGAAUGCGAGGGUAUACCGAAAACACCUCGAGGAAGCAGCAGAGCGUCGAGAGUGAGCAGCCUCGCUCACAGUCAUAGUCACGAAACUGCUUCUAGUGGAAGCAUAGAGAUGGAAGGUGUUUCGCCGGGAAGCAGCAGCUUCCUGCCCAGUUACAACCCAAGCAGAAAUGUCAGCGUAGAGACGAGUGAACCGCCGCGCGCCUCGAGCGUAUCGUCGGAAGAAGGAGGUGAGAGUUCUGGCCACAACCACAGACCCUUGCAAAUAAGUCCUAACAAAUUUGAUAAUAGACGAUAUCCACUGAGUAAGUCACCGACGCCUAACACGUUGAGCGUCCAAGUGCCGGCGUAUUCUAGCUUGGGCCAAUCGCUGCCAAAUUUGACCCUAGCCACUUCGCCACAAACGUCAACCGUAUCUCCGACACCGCCAAACUCGCUUCUAAUCGUACCCCAAAUAACAAAGAGCAAGGACACUUUGCUUUCACCAGGGCACCGAGGUAUCUCGUAUCCACCACCGUCGCCCCCGAGAGGGGCGCUUAGAAGAGCGUUCGCGAUUCCUCAAUCGCGAAACCCACCUCUCGUUAAAACGAGACACAUAAGCACGUCUGUGACACAGACGAUUCAGCCUACCAUGAACCUAGACGCGGAAGCUAUCGAGGAGAGAAGAAGAAGGCUGGAACCUUCGCACCGAAUGCCAUCGACCAGCAGCAUCGCGGAGGAAAAGGUUUACUGUUUCAUCUAAGAUUACGACAGGCAAUAUUAGUCUUUCUUAUAUUUUCUUCCAUAUUAUAUAUAUAUAUGUAGUCAAAAAAAAAAUAAUAAUAAUAAUUCAGCAAGGUGUUUUAUAAAUAUAAAAUGACUAAAUCAGCUUGUUCUUAGUAACGAAAUUCUUUUGUAACACGCUGUACAUCUCGUGAAUAUUCAAACGACACACAAACUGCACACAUCAGCUAACGCUUCAUUAAUGAUAAGAUGGAAGCAUACUGAAAAUCAAUACGAAGACAUUCACGAUACGCUUCUUCUUUUCCUUUGAUUUUAUGUAGAGCAGAAGAACGUCCCAGAUUUUCAAUUUGAAAGAAAAAAACAUCAUAGAACACCUUGUAUUUCGACUUUCUUUUUUAAAACGAAGAACUUGGAGAUGCAUAUAUCUUGUUUUCUCUUAGAAAUGACUAGAACUGGGAUACAAGUGUAACCUGCCGAAAAGAUAAAUUGCUACGGACCAUCUGCAUUUGAUGAGGGUGUACGUGAUACGUCGUGUUUAGAAACAAGAUGUUACUUUCUGUUGUCUGUAUGCAAGUGCUGCACACACUUUCAUGCAGGAUCAGAAAAAAGGGUUUAAACAAUUGAGAAUGGAUUCAACUUGAAUAGGUGAACGUCUCGUACUCCCUGUGCCUACAAUAUGAAUCGAGCAAUUUUAUAAUCGAUUGGGGCCAUUCGAAAUCAACGUGAAGUUUGUACCACGACCGUAUCAUUGUAACUAAUUUGAUUCUAGCUGUGUAACUUUUAGAUCUCAUUUUGUAAUGAACUCGUUGUGGCGGGUUGAGAUGGCCACGUUUCAAUAUUACUCUAGUUCAUUUAGAAUUCUAAGCGACGAACAAAAAAAAGGCCUACCUAGCGUAAUUAAUAUUACAACUAUUUAUCGUGAUUUAAGUUUAGAUGACUAUUAAUAGUUGGAGUAAGACGCCUUUAGAGCAACAAUUUUAAACUAAACGAGUUCGAAUUUUGUGAAUUAACGAUAUAAAAAAACAGAACAUUUAGAAAAAAAAAAGAACACACACGUAGAGAAAAAUCACAUUUUACGUA